CGUAGCGGGGUGGGAAGUUGUCGAGGGACUGCUUCCGGGUUGCUGGGUGACCUUGAGGCUUCAGGAGAGCUAUGGCGAGUAUCUGGAGGCUGGGUGUCCUGUGCGGUGCCCAAGGAGGCCGAGCUCUGUUUGUCCGAAUCCCCGUGGUCAGACCUGCUCAGGUCUCAGCAUUUCUUCAGGACCAGCCUGCCCCAGGAUGGUGUAGAACACAGCAUAUUCACCUAUCACCCAACCACUAUUCUGGUUCUAAGGCUGCAUCUCUCCACUGGACUGGUGAGAGGGUUGUCAGUGUUUUGCUCCUGGGCCUAAUUCCAGCUGCUUAUUUGAAUCCUGGCUCUGCGAUGGACUACUCCCUGGCCGCGGCCCUCACUCUCCACAGUCACUGGGGCCUUGGACAAGUGGUUACUGACUACGUUCGAGGGGAUGCUCUGCAGAAAGCUGUCAAGGCAGGCGUUUUGGCACUCUCGGCUUUAACCUUUGCUGGGCUUUGUUCUUUCAACUAUCAUGACGUGGGCAUCUGCAAAGCUGUUGCCAUGCUGUGGAAGCUCUGACCUUUUUGACUUCAUACCUUGAGAAUUGAUUGUACACCUCUUUGCCUCUGCUCUGUCAUGCCAUUCAGCUCACAAUAAGGAGGAAAUAACAGAUAAGUCCAUUGGUGAGACACACCUCUUCUGAUCACCUGGUUAUUUGUAGAAACUAGUCUUUGAUGAAAAGGUUGAAGAGGAAUUGUAUUCAAGAGAUUUGGAGACUGGGUUUCGUG